AUGCCUGAGCUCCGUCGAGGUGUACGCAGAGGGCGCGCAGGGUUAGCGCCUCAUAACAAACGACGAUCGGAGGAGCUUCCCUUUACGCCGGAUAGCGCAAGGACUCCCCGCACUGCUGUUGCCAGAGAGGUGCCGAGAACAAGAUUGCAGACGAGACGACUGAAGGAGAAGGAAGACCGGGAGAAGAAUAAGGAUAGAGAGGUAGACGAUGACAAGGUAGUUGUGAUAUCGGAUAGAGAAGAAGAGAGCGGCGGGAAAGGCGAUAAUUUGGUUCCUAUUGUCGACCUUGAAGCAGAAGAAGAUAUUAAAGCUGGUGUGAUGGGUGACGACAGUGGUGGUUUGAGUGCUAAUAAUGCCGCUGGGCAGGAAGAAGAGGGAACUACUGUUCCUUUCCCUGAAAGGGUUCAAGUGGGAGGGUCACCUAUGUACAAGAUAGAAAGGAAGUUGGGCAAAGGUGGCUUCGGUCAAGUGUUUGUUGGUCGUCGUCUCAGCGGUGGAAAUGACCGUGGUGGGAUGGGCCCUGGUGCAACAGAGGUGGCUGUGAAAUUUGAGCACCGAAAUAGCAAAGGCUGUAACUAUGGUCCCCCUUAUGAAUGGCAAGUUUACAACACUCUUGGUGGUAGCUAUGGGGUGCCGAGAGUGCACUUCAAGGGAAGGCAUGGAGAUUAUUACGUAAUGGUUAUGGACAUGUUAGGGCCGAGCCUGUGGGAUGUUUGGAAUUCUUCUGGUCAAGCGAUGACCGCAGAAAUGGUAUCUUGUAUAGCAGUUGAGGCUCUUACCAUCCUCGAUAAAAUGCACGCACGCGGUUAUGUGCAUGGAGAUGUAAAACCAGAGAACUUCUUACUCGGUCAGCCUAAUACUCCACAGGAGAAGAAGCUAUUCCUUGUGGACUUGGGUUUAGCGACAAAGUGGAGAGAUAGUGGCAGUGGGGAGCAUGUCGAGUACGACCAACGUCCUGACAUGUUUAGGGGUACUGUGCGAUAUGCUAGUGUUCAUGCUCACCUUGGAAGGACUGCUAGUCGGAGGGAUGAUCUUGAAUCUCUUGCUUACACGCUCAUCUUCCUACAUCGAGGCAGAUUGCCAUGGCAAGGUUAUCAGGGCGAUAAUAAGUCUUUUCUAGUUUGCAAAAAGAAAAUGGCAACGUCUCCAGAGAUGCUAUGCUGCUUCUGUCCCCAACCCCUUAAACAAUUUCUCGAGAUCGUAGUCAAUUUGAAAUUUGACGAGGAACCAAACUACUCCAAGCUUAUAUCUUUGUUUGAGGGCUUGUUAGGGCCAAACCCAGCUAUAAGGCCUAUAAACACAGAGGGCGCUCAAAAGAUUAUCUCUCAAGUUGGUCAGAAGCGUGGUAGGUUAAAUAUCGAGGAAGAUGAUGGGCAGCCACGAAAGAAGGUUCGCCUCGGAGUUCCUGCCACACAAUGGAUAUCAGUUUAUAAUGCGAGGCGACCUAUGAAACAGAGGUACCAUUACAAUGUGGCUGAUGGAAGGUUGGCACAGCAUGUGGAGAGAGGAAUUGCAGAUGGUCUUCUUAUAAGCUGUGUGGCAUCGUGUUCCAAUCUAUGGGCAUUGAUUAUGGAUGCAGGAACCGGUUUCACUAGUCAAGUUUACGAACUGUCCCCCUUCUUUUUACACAAGGAGUGGAUUAUGGAACAAUGGGAGAAGAACUACUACAUUAGUUCAGUUGCUGGUGCAAAUAAUGGAAGCUCCCUAGUGGUCAUGUCCAAAGGGACUCAGUACACCCAACAGUCCUACAAGGUGAGCGAUUCAUUUCCCUUUAAGUGGAUCAACAAGAAAUGGAAAGAAGGAUUCCAUGUGACCUCAAUGGCCACUGCUGGAUCCCGCUGGGGUAUUGUCAUGUCUCGCAAUGCUGGUUUCAGUGAUCAGGUUGUGGAGCUUGAUUUUUUGUAUCCAAGUGAAGGCAUACACAGGAGGUGGGACGGUGGUUUCAGAAUCACUUCAACGGCAGCUACUUCUGAUCAAGCUGCUCUUAUUUUGAGUGUCCCUAGACGCAGACCUAAUGAUGAAACUCAGGAGACUUUGCGAACGUCUCAAUUCCCAAGUACACACGUGAAGGAAAAAUGGGCAAAGAACCUCUACCUUGCGUGCCUCUGCUAUGGGCGGACUGUUUCAUGA